CACAGGACUGACCCGAGCAAACCCAUCUGACCAAACAGCGCGUCUUUGUUACCCUUUUCAAAGUUUUCAAUCAAGUAUUGGCGACAUAGUGCCGUUGUUUGCGAGCUGUCACUCCAUCCAGUGUCCUCUCCGAGCGAGGUCGUGACAGAGGCCGCGUCCUCUGCACCCCGCCGUUUAUGUUGUUGGCCUGCCCUUGUCUGUUGAAUGGAUCCCUCACUUCACCCCGACCUUCCUCACAAUCCACCUCGCGGCUACCGGGUGAGAGGGCUGGACAAUACGCCACGUCAGGGGAGCGCCUUUGAUGUCCUGCGGUAGCCUUGGCCUCUGGUGACAGAGACUUUGUCUUGGCACGUUCUGAAUCAAAGAGUCCAGUCAAAUUAGAAAGGUGAGGCACGUGGGGACCGGUGGUGAGAUGCCGCGGAAGGGCGGGAGUCUGGACACAGCGGGGCGGUACCUGGCGGAGUUCGGGCAGGCGGGGCAGGUGGGCGACAGGAGGGACUGGGACAUCAACGAUGCCUCGUUACCGGAGGCUUGUCGGCUGGACCCCUUCCAUGAGUGGCCUGACGGUAACGUCCGGCUGGUGUUCGACGCUAGCGACACGGACGCGCGGAAACACGUGAGCGGCUGGGCCAUGCGCAACACCAACAACCACAACUGUCACAUCCUCAAGAAGUCGUGCCUGGGAGUUCUGGUCUGCGCACUGCACUGUACAACUCCUGACGGCGGCAAAAUACACAUGCGACCUGCCAUAUGUGACAAGGCUAGGAAGAAACAAUUAGGUAAGCAGUGCCCGAACGGUUCGUGCCAGGGCCGGCUGGAGCUGAUGCCGUGCCGCGGACACUGCGGCUAUCCCGUCACGCACUUCUGGCGCCAGGAGAACAACGUCAUUUUCUUCCAGGCCAAAGGGACGCACGACCAUCCGCGGCCUGAGCCCAAGGCAUCAGCAGAGGCCAGACGGAACCUUUCUGGAAGGAGAUACUCUAUCGCAAAGCAGGGGAGGAGUGACUGUCUGUACGAAGGCACGCAUGCGCAGUACGUUGGUGAAGGCACGCUGAAGAGGAGCCGGGCUAAGAUGAUGUCUACCUUGUGGGACUCGAGCCCUCUCAAGAAGAUGUGCUUAGAUCCAUUCACAGACAAAACUCGGAGCCUUAUUGCAGAGGACCAAUUCUAUCUGCACAACUACCCCGCAUUGCCUGACGGGAAGAUGAAGGAUCACGUGACCCAUGCCGUCACCGAGCCCUACUGCAGCACGUCCACUUCACCUGUCCUGUACGGUCGCCACAAACGACAAGAGUGGGCCGUUCAGAAGUGUCCAGGCGGCGCCAUUUGGGACGGACAGGUCAACAAACCCGGCAACUAUGGCCAUGGCGGCAGCGACGGGGAUGCCUGUAGUUCUCCUGUCACCAUGACGACGUGCUCCCAAGAACAGCGCCCUGUCGACGCCAUGCCGAACUCUUCUCCAGACGGUUCCUGGGGUCAGCACUCCCCCUACCAGCCGGGCGCGGUGCACGGUAGUGGCGGGAACGCUCUGUCCGUUUAUUCGAACGUCCACGUCCACCAGCAAUCCUUCCUGGUCAGGUCUGAGACCAUCAUCGUCACCAACAACAACGCCUCCCCCUCCAACGGCGCCGCCUACCCCGUGGAGAAAUGGGCGGUAGUGGACGGGCCCGGCUCCGACGGCGACUCGGACGGCGUCAUCAGACACAGUGGAACAACUCGGUCGUCCUUCCCGAGCAAUAUGAGCCCUUCAAACGCAGUGACCUUUGACUAUCCUCAAGGAGACAGUUGCCAUGACAACCAAACGUCCACAGAGCUACAACGGGAGAGAUCUCUGCCCAGCAUCGGCUGCUUCAUCCCUGAAACGUCACCAGGCACAGCAGCCAAUCAGGGACAGUCGCCGCCGCAUGCGCGAUACGAACAAGCAGCAGCCUCCUACCCACAGGGUAGUAAACCGGAGGGUUCACCCUUCUCAGGAGAAACAAGAUGGCUGCCGUGUGGCCGAGACACGGCUAAGUCCGACCCCAUCUCUGUCCCCUCCGUGUACCAGAGCUGUAGGUACGCCAACUCACCCAGUGCGCUUGUCAUGGCCACCACGUCCGGCCCUGGGCACUUCGCCACCGAGUUGCCGCCCAGUGGGUACACCACCUGCGCCUCAACGGCUUUGCCCUGUGUUUGAUUAGAGUUGUGAUAAUUCGUCCAGUGCCGCUACUUUUGUACAUGUACAGACUAUUUGUAUUGACAGCCGAGUAUACUAUGUUUACGAUAAUAGUUUUCUUUGUUGUAACUCAAGGCUGUAGCAGGGCGUCUCUAUUGAGACAAACUUAUUACGACUUUGUCCAAGUAAAGAGAAGAGAGAGACAACGCUCUCGUUCGAGUUCUGAAUGCCACAUUUCCUUCUGUAGUUUAUCGCAUCGGUAGAUAGUGAGAUUUUCUCAUCAAUAAUUUCCCGCUUUGAUUCCCUCACCUUAGAACACUUUGUACAAGAUCUUAAUUGCACAGCGGCACCUCAAUUCAAAACUGUUUACAUGGAUUUUGAAGUCUGAUUCAAUCCAUCUUUCUGUCAGUCAUACAUACAGGCGACACGCCAUAAACACCCAAAGGUCAGCUCUAACCGACCUUAUUGUUCAUCCACCAGAAGAAAAAAUCACUCACAAAACUCGCCAACAAAAGGGCGACAUCCUGACAACUACCCAGGGAUUGUACCACCAAUUAUCCCUGUGCCAUUUCCGUCAAAAUUCCCGCCGUGUUCUUGUAAGUUGUUUUCUUUUCUGGCGCGGAGGGACUCAUUACAACACGGCGCCGACAUGGAACAAAUCCCGUGCCGCCUUUGGUACAAGAAUAACGUUGUAUUGUGCAGGUAUACCCCUGGGUUCUUCCCACCGCACGUGUUUUACAGAUAGAUCAAAUGGUUGUCAGACAAGGGAGAUAGUCAAAGAGAGCUCUUGAGUGCCUUUCGUUAAGGGCGUAGGCGUUUAUGGCCUUUUUAUAGUGGUUUAUAGUGUAUAAAUGUUUCAAGCAUCUCGGAUGAGAGAACACUUAGAAACACAUUUCUUCACAACGAAAUGACGUCUUUUCUUGUAAAUCAAAAAACGACAAUAACUUACAUCCUGUGCUGUUGAAACUUUGAUGAUUGCGAAACAAAUAAUAAGAUACUUUUUACAACGAUUUCAGAUAUUUUAAAUUCAAGAAGAUUACAAGUAAGUCCCUUUGUCGUGGACACAGUUUUGAUAUUUUAUACAAAUUGUUCGUCUUGUACUUUCUAUCUAGUGUUAUUUAUACAAAACGUUACAUGUUGUAUUUAUUUUUAUCGUUACCAUGACGACAUGGUUGGCAGACGCUGACAGAAAAUGUACGAUUUGUACAUGAGACAAAAGAGAAUGUUUGUAUAUAUUGUUAAAUAAACUUGUGAGAUGCCUUACUUAUAUAUCGAUCCCCAUGUAUUGCUUAUGUACAGCGACUACAAUUCGUACAGUCAACAUUAGUAUCCUGUCAGAUGAAUCAUAUAUCUCUAUCUUAAUUUAUAAUUCAUUAAGCAUAAGCUUGCAUGAUUGAUGGCCACUUUGUUCGCAGAUCACGAAAAUGCAUAGGUGAAAACAGACACUUGAUUUCUUGUAUGUGGCACAGGGCAUAAUGCCUAGUAUUAGUCGGAGUCACAGUAUAUGAAAGUGAGUUAGAUACCGACAAUUACCGAGGUUACAUCUAGCUUCUGUACAAUGUAGCAGUGUUGUUGAACUUAUCUAUUUCGAAUUCCCCUGCUCUUAAGUAGCGUCCAGCGAUAGCUUGUUAUAUUACAGUACAAUGCAUCAUUGUGAUAAUAUUACAUGUACAUGUUCUUGCUAGUGCAAUGAUUCUUUUGUUAGUAUGAAAGAGGUGCGUCCGUAUGCUGUUAGAUAUCUUUAUGUUUGGACUGUCUAGCAGGAAUAUAAUUUUGUACAUGGUGUUGUAGUCAAUUGACAGGGACCGAACGUCAUUAAAGUCUAUAGUUCAUCAAACAA